AUGACCGUCAUAUACCGACCAGGUCAUGACAACCCAGCUGACUACCUCAGCUGUCACCCUAUACACCUGCCACCGAGCGACAGAGAACAAAAAGUAGCAGAAGAAUAUAUAAACUACAUCCUUUCAACAUCAACCCCCAAAGCAAUGACGAUUGAAGAAGUCGCAACGGAAACCGCGAAGGACAAGACACUCACAGCCGUCAUACAAGCCCUCCUCACCAACAAGUGGUACGGUAUUGACGAUGACGUAGAUAAAGCAAUAUUCCAAACUCUGCAUGCCAACCGUGCUGAACUCUCAUUAGCACACAACAACAGCAUCAUUCUCAAAGGACGCCGGAUAGUACUGCUCAAGACACUACAAAGCAGAGCCGCCCAAAUCGCACAUACCGGACAUCAAGGCAUCAUGAAAUCCACGGCCUGCCUCCGAGAAAAGGUCUGGUUCAAAAACAUGCAAGCCCUAGUAGAAGAAAACAUCAGGAACUGUCACACCUGCCAGAUCAGCACCUACAAACCUGCAAGAGAACCACUGCAAAUGUCCCCACUACCAGCGGCUCCAUGGACAGAAGUCAGCGCUGACUUUGGACACCUCCAAAAUGGGAAAUAUUUACUUGUCGUCACAGACAAGUACUCACGCUACGUUGUUGUUGACAUCCUAGACUCCAUCUCAACGACAUCAGUGAUACCCCGCCUGGACAAAAUAUUUGCGGAGUUUGGGGUACCAGUAUCCCUCAAAACGGACAAUGGCCCACCAUUCAACAGCAGCGAUUUCAAAGACCACGCCUCCCUAACUGGAUUCAAACACAGGAAAAUAACACCCCUGUGGCCCCAGGCCAAUGCUGAAAUGGAACGCUUUAUGCGCACUUCAAAUGGAACAGCAGAUUUUAGGGAAAUUGGGACAAUCAUCCGCUCCUUAGGCUGCUGUCCAACUGAGACUGAAUUGAAUGAUUUUCUGAAUGAGGUGGAGGAAGAUGAACCAACAGGAUACAUCAGAUUUGAAAAAUUCAAACCAGCAUUGAUACGAGUAAUUCUUGAACGAAGAUUUCAACCAACUCCUGAAGAUAUAUUAUUAAAGGCAUUUGAGAGGCUUGACUCAGAAAACAAAGGCCACUUGACAAAAGAAGAAAUAACUAAAUUUCUCACAGAAGAAGGAGAAGUAUUCAACCAGGAUGAGUUGGCCGAAAUGUUUUCUGCUGCUGCUGAUCCAGAAACUGGCAAUAUUUUCUACAAAGAUUUUGUUCCACACAUGGUUGUAGAAGAUACCUUGUAUUAA